GAAAAACAAAGACUCUCACACAAGAUAUAUAUUCAUGUACACAUAUAUAUAAUUGGAAUAAGAAGCUCAAGCAUUCAAGGUUUCUUUCACAUUCUUUCGUCUACCAUUGCCUUCAGAUUAUUCUCUAUUACCAGAAUGGCCUGUUCAAGAUUAGGCCAAUGGUUAACUCUUCUAGUAUGUUUGCUGGUAUUGCUGAAAGCAGAAAGCCACCCUGUGGCACUCACUCUCGUCGAGAAUGCAGUUGCUAAAGGAGCUGUUUGUUUGGAUGGAAGCGCACCCGCUUACCACUUCGACAAGGGAUUUGGUGCCGGAAUCAACAAUUGGUUGGUUCAUGUUGAGGGUGGAGGAUGGUGUAACACCGUUGAAGAUUGCCUUGAUCGCAAGAGCAAUUACCGCGGUUCAUCAACCAAAAUGGAAAAGACAAUGUCUUUUUCUGGGGUUCUUGGUAACAAGCCAAAGACUAAUCCAGACUUCUACAAUUGGAAUAGAAUCAAAGUCAGGUACUGCGAUGGCUCAUCAUUCACCGGUGAUGUUGAAGCAGUCGACCCUGCAACAAAUCUUCACUUCAGAGGAGCAAGGGUUUUCCGUGCCAUCAUUGAUGAUUUAUUGGCAAAAGGAAUGAAAAAUGCUCAAAACGCUCUUCUAUCUGGUUGUUCGGCUGGUGGAUUAACCUCGAUUCUUCAUUGUGAUAACUUUCGUUCUCUCCUACCUGUGGGUACUAAAGUAAAAUGUCUAGCAGAUGCUGGUUACUUCAUUAAUGCGAAGACUCUGUCUGGAUCACAACACAUUCAAGAUUUUUACAGUGAAGUGGUUGCGCUACAUGGUUCGGCGAAGAACUUACCUGCAUCCUGCACUUCAAGAAUGAGUCCAGGGCUGUGCUUCUUCCCACAAAAUGUGGUACCACAAACCCGGACGCCAAUAUUUUUGGUCAAUGCAGCUUAUGAUUCGUGGCAGAUAAAGAACAUUUUGGCACCGGGUGUUGCUGAUCCUAAGGGUGCCUGGAAAAAGUGCAAGCUUAAUAUAAAGAACUGCUCGCCCAGUCAACUUCAAACCAUGCAAGAAUAUAGGUUGCAGUUCUUAAAAACAAUUGCCGGUGCGAGCAAUUCUGUAUCUCAUGGCGUGUUCAUAGACUCUUGCUUUGCCCACUGCCAAAUUGGAACGCAGGAGACAUGGCUGGCAGCUGACUCUCCUAUGUUGAGCAAGACGACAAUUGCAAAGGCAGUUGGAGACUGGUAUUACGACCGCACUGCGUUCAAAAAGAUUGAUUGCCCUUACCCUUGCAAUCCCACUUGCAAAAACCGUGAAUUUGACUCAAACGAUCAGGAAGAUUAAUUUCUUUAUGUCGAAAAUAUAGUUUUUAUGAGCUAUGAACAUUACAUUUGAUGUAAUGGCCUACGUACUUAUGGUUCUCGGUAAUAUUUGUUCAUUUGAGCUUUGAUUUGAAAGUGGUACCGAGCAUCUUGUAUAGUGUUGCGAAUAAAGUUAUUCUAGGAGUGUGAUUAUGUAAACUGAAUGUAGAAUUCAAUAAGAUUUAAGACGUCUUAUCUUAUUA